CGCCCCUCCCUCCCCGUCACCCGUAACAACCACUCGAGCCCUCGCCGCGCCCCUCGGCGCUCCCGCCCCGUCCCCCGUCCCCGGAACCGGCGGUCGAGCGGCGGCAGCCGAGCCUGUGGCACGGCUCUCUCCCCGCGGAGCCGCCGGCAUGAACGCAUCCCGCCUCCCCGCGUCCCCGACCCGGUCCUUUUGACAAGAGGAGUAAGAAGAUUGCUAUUAAAUUACAACCAUGGUGCAAAAAUACCAGUCCCCAGUGAGGGUGUAUAAACACCCCUUUGAGUUAAUUAUGGCUGCCUAUGAAAGGAGGUUCCCUACAUGUCCUUUGAUUCCAAUGUUCGUGGACAGUGACACCGUCAGCGAAUUCAAGAGUGAAGAUGGGGCUGUUCAUGUCAUCGAGAGGCGCUGCAAACUGGAUAUAGAUGCUCCCAGGCUGUUGAAGAAGAUCGCAGGAGUCGAUUAUGUUUAUUUUGUCCAGAAAAACUCCCUGAAUUAUCGAGAACGUACUCUGCACAUCGAGGCCCACAAUGAGACGUUCUCUAAUCGGGUCAUCAUCCAUGAGCACUGCUGCUACACGGUUCACCCUGAGAACGAAGACUGGACCUGUUUUGAACAAUCUGCAAGUUUAGAUAUCAAAUCCUUCUUUGGGUUUGAAAGUACAGUGGAAAAAAUUGCCAUGAAACAAUAUACCAGCAACAUUAAAAAAGGGAAAGAAAUCAUCGAGUACUACCUGCGGCAGCUGGAGGAGGAAGGCAUCACCUUCGUGCCCCGCUGGACCCCACCCUCUCUGGGGCCCUCAUCAGAACCAUUGUCAGCAAGCAAGAGUCAAACCACAUCUGCAGCUGUCCUGGUCCCAGAUGCUGCUGCCCUCAAGGAGGGGCUGAGCGGGGAGGGCCUCAGUAGCCCAGGCACAGCAUCUGAGGCUGUGGUGGGAACCCCUGACGACAAACUCGAUGCCGACUACAUCAAGAGAUACUUGGGCGACCUGACCCCGCUCCAGGAGAGCUGUCUCAUCAGACUGCGCCAGUGGCUGCAGGAGACGCACAAGGGCAAAAUUCCGAAGGAUGAGCAUAUUCUCCGGUUUCUGCGUGCCCGGGAUUUUAAUAUUGACAAAGCCAGAGAGAUCAUGUGCCAGUCUUUAACUUGGCGGAAACAGCACCAGGUGGAUUACAUCUUGGAUACCUGGACUCCACCCCAGGUCCUUCAGGAUUACUACGCUGGAGGCUGGCAUCACCAUGACAAAGAUGGGCGGCCGCUGUAUGUGCUCAGGCUGGGGCAGAUGGACACCAAGGGCUUGGUGCGAGCCCUCGGAGAGGAAGCCCUGCUACGAUAUGUUCUUUCCAUAAACGAGGAAGGCCUGAGACGAUGUGAAGAAAAUACCAAAGUCUUCGGCCGGCCCAUCAGCUCGUGGACCUGCCUGGUGGACCUUGAAGGGCUGAACAUGCGGCAUCUGUGGAGACCUGGGGUCAAAGCCUUGCUGCGCAUCAUCGAGGUGGUGGAGGCCAACUACCCGGAGACGCUGGGCCGCCUCCUCAUCCUCCGUGCCCCCAGGGUCUUCCCUGUCCUCUGGACAUUGGUUAGUCCAUUUAUUGAUGACAACACCAGAAGAAAAUUCCUCAUUUAUGCAGGAAAUGACUACCAGGGCCCUGGAGGCCUGCUGGAUUACAUCGAUAAAGAGAUAAUUCCAGAUUUCCUGAGUGGGGAGUGCAUGUGUGAUGUGCCAGAGGGUGGACUAGUCCCCAAAUCUCUGUACAGGACUGCAGAGGAGCUGGAAAAUGAGGACCUGAAGCUCUGGACGGAGACCAUCUACCAGUCUGCCAGCGUGUUCAAAGGAGCCCCGCAUGAGAUUCUCAUUCAGAUUGUGGACGCUGCCUCAGUGAUCACCUGGGAUUUUGACGUGUGCAAAGGGGACAUCGUCUUUAAUAUUUAUCACUCCAAGCGGUCUCCCCAGCCACCCAAGAAGGACUCGCUGGGGGCCCACAGCAUCACCUCCCCAGGUGGGAACAAUGUGCAGCUCAUAGACAAAGUCUGGCAGCUAGGCCGGGACUACAGCAUGGUGGAGUCACCUCUGAUCUGCAAAGAAGGAGAGAGUGUGCAGGGCUCCCACGUGACCAGGUGGCCCGGCUUCUACAUCCUGCAGUGGAAGUUCCACAGCAUGCCGGCGUGCGCCGCCACCAACCUACCCCGAGUGGACGACGUGCUGGCUUCCCUGCAGGUCUCCUCUCACAAGUGCAAAGUGAUGUACUACACAGAAGUGAUUGGGUCCGAGGAUUUCAGAGGCUCCAUGACCAGCCUGGAGUCCAGCCACAGUGGGUUCUCACAGCUGAGUGCCGCCACCACCUCUUCCAGCCAAUCACACUCGAGCUCCAUGAUUUCCAGAUGGCGAUUUUGCUGACAGCCUCCAAGAAAAUGCUUCACUCAACAGUCCACAUGUGCCCAGAUGUUUGUAGAGCUAUUUGAGUCGCAGCCUUGUCUCAGGCUGAAGAUCUGUCCCCUUAAGUCCAUUCAGAAGUGGCACUGUUCAGCCCCUCAGAGCUGAGUGCAUCUUUAAGAGCUCACAGCACAUGACUGCACACUUCCAGGCCUUCAGCUUGCCCUAGUCACAGGGCGCUGGCUGCCUUGUGAGGGUGACUAGGGGUGAUGUGAAUGUGUGGGUUGCAGAGUCUCUUCUCACAGUGCCCAGCACGUGUCCUAAAAUGCUGCUGUCUCGCCCUCCCACCCCCAGGACCUACUCUCCGGGUUCUCCUUCUGUUACUAGUGUCUUAAUUCACUCUCCUCCUGAAUCCAUUAUUUGCAUAUCAAGUUCUGUAAAUGUUUUGUAAACAUAUUACCUCACUCUUGGUAAUACAAUACUGAUAGUCUUUAAAAGAUUUUUUAUUGUUACAAUAAUAAAUGUGAACUGUUUAAGAA